AUGAACUUUCUCCUCGCCUUCGCCGUGCUGUUUGCUUUGGGCUUGUCCCCGGCUCGCGGGAGCCUCUGGGAUCUGCACGAGCUGAUUACGAAGGUGACGGGGAAAAACGCCUUGCUGUAUUACUCCUUCUACGGCUGCUACUGUGGCUUGGGGGGCAAAGGGCAGCCCAAGGACGCCACGGACAAAUGCUGCCAGCUGCACGAUACCUGCUACGACAGCCUCCUGAGAUACCACUGCAACGCCAUGGUGCAGGGCUACGACUACGGCUGGCACGGCGGCGGGCCCCCUCUAAAAGGCAGCUGGUGGUGCGCCCGUCAUUCCUGCGAGUGCGACCGCAGCCUGGCGCUUUGCCUGAAGCGAAGCCUCGGGACCUACAGCAAACGCUACCGCUUCUACUUCAAGCACUGGUGCCGGUGA